GGAGGGGACGACUCACUCACUCAGCGGCGCUGCUUAGUGACCGAGAGCUGGGCCCAUUGCACACACACACACACACAGUAAACUAUCGCCGGUACAAGUAGCGCUAUCUCAGGAAGGGGGUCAAACCACAACAACCACACCCCCAACACACGGGAGUCCGGACUUUAAACCUGCACUCGGCAGCUCAAAAUCCACCCCCCAUCCUUUCCCACCCACACACACACCCGAAAUGAGACAGCAGAGCCCCAGGCGGUGUGCUCGGGAAAGACUCGAGGUUUUAUUCCAGGCCUAGUUGGCGAAAUCCUCUAAUUUAAAAAAAUCAAAAAGCUAAACAGAACAAGUCAGACAUUACAAGGGAAGAGGGAGAGAGCUCACUAGAGAAAAGCGGGGAGAAGGCAGCACUGUUCAGACACGAUUAUUGAGAGUAAAACCGUUUCCCUCAUGUCAAUGAUCUGCACUCGACACUGUGGCUCCCCAGCCUCGGUGUGGUCAGGCACUGUGCUUCGGACCCCGUGAUAAACACAACUUGGUGUUGGACGUCAUGAGCAUAGUAAUUCCAUUGGGAGUUACCACACCAGAUACUUCAUACUCUGAUAUGGCUGCUGGAUCAGACCCUGAGUCGGUGGAAGCCAGUCCUGCAGUUGCUGAGAAGAACAGCUACUCCAAUCACAACUAUGGGAGCGCACAACACCACGGGUACAGAGGCCUGCCGUAUGCAGACCACAACUAUGGUGCCCCACCACCUCCAACACCCCCAGCUUCACCACCUCCACAGACCAUCAUCGCCCGUGUGGAGUUGAACCGACUGCGUUGCCAGAGAUACGAUGAGAAUUCUGAGGAUAGUGACAGUUCAUCUGAGGAUGAGAACAUUCCAUGGUGUCAUUGUAGCUUAACUCAGGAUGGAUUUAUUAUUGCUUGUGAGAACUGCAGGAGACUAGACAGGCGGAAGGUCAUCAGACUCCAGCGCAGGAAGCAAGAGAAUGUGUCUGGUGGAGAGAGCAGUGCAACUGAGAGUGGUGAUGAAGAGGUGUCGCCGUCAACAGUGUCAUACACCGCAACACAACACACGCCCACCAGCAUCACUCUCACAGUCAACCGAGUGAAGAGAACCAAGGCCAAGAAGAGGAAGAGAAGCACAGAGAAAGCACGAAACGCUCCAAAAGCCAAAAAAAUAAAGGCCUUUCGAGAAGGCUCCAGGCGGUCCAUGAGGAUGAAGAAUUCCCUGUCAGAAGCUCAUGCAUUGGAUGAAAACACAGCCGAAGGCUGGGAAAACCGAAUCCGCCUCUGGACAGACCAGUAUGAGGAAGCAUUUGCCAACCAGUACAGUGCAGACGUGCAGAAUCUGCUGGAGCUACAUCGGUUGACCGUGAAGGAUUCAGUGGGGAAGAAUGCAGUGCUGGAUACCAUCAAUAAAACCGAACUUGCCUGUAACAACACCAUUCUUGGCUCUCAGAUGCAGCUGCAGCUCGGUAAAGUCACUCGAGUUCAGAGACAUCGUAAGAUCUUGCGCGCGGCCAGAGAUCUGACACCAGACAUGCUUAUUAUUGAAUACCGUGGUAAAGUAAUGUUGAGGCAGCAGUUUGAAGUCAAUGGACAUUUCUUUAAGAGGCCCUAUCCCUUUGUGCUCUUCUACCCAAAAUUCAAUGAAGUGGAGAUGUGCGUUGAUGCCAGAACAUUUGGGAAUGAUGCUCGUUUCAUCAGGAGAUCCUGUGCACCCAAUGCCGAGGUACUGCACAUGAUUGCUGAUGGGAUGAUCCACCUCUGUAUAUAUGCGAUUACAAACAUCCCAAAGGACAGUGAGGUGACCAUUGGCUUUGAUUAUGAAUACAGCAGCUGCAAGUAUAAAGUUGACUGUGCCUGCCACAAGGGGAACCAGAACUGUCCGGUACAAAAACAUAACCAAGGAUCUAUGGAGCCCCCAGUAGGUGCAGAGACUCGGCGGAGAAAAGCCAGGCGAAAAGAAUGGGAGAUGGAGUUGGAGCUCAACCAUGCUUCGGAUGACAACAGCAACCAGCAGCAGGAUGAGCAAACAGAGUGCAAAGACCAGGCGGAAGCACCAGCACAGAUCCCUGCGAGUGACAGCGAGGAAGGACUCGUGGAUGGAGCUGGAAUAAAAUUGGAAGAAAACGAGGAGUCGGAGAUGGACGAACACCUUCGUGCACAGAAUAAACUGUCGCGGGAGCAGCGGAAGAUGGAAGCCAUCAUGCAGGUAUUUGAGAACUUAGAGAAGAGAAAGAAAAGGCGGGAGCAAGUGGUGGAGCACAGCACCAGCCAUCCCGGUGUGGACACCAGCCCGGAGACUCCCACCACACAUGUGGAGGAGGAGAAAGUGGAGCCCGCAGCGGACGAGCCUCUGGCCGCUGGGGCAGGAACACCACAGAUUGUGCCUGCGGGGGUUGGCACACGCCGAACUUCACAGCUAGGGGAGCAAGUUCCAGAGAAACCUGUUAAACCCCCUGCACCAAAACCGACCAAGCCACGACCCAAGAAUCGUUUCUCUCGCUAUCGUUCCAGCUCAGCACAACGGCUGCGGCGGCAGAGGCAAGCAAGCAGCCAGUCUGAGCCGGCACCAGUGGUGUCUGUGGAGGAAGGGACUUUGGGAGCUGUCACGCUGCAGGACCCCACAGCUGCAGAGGGAGUGGUGAGUGCAGGGGUGCCGGCUGUGGAGAGCACAUCGGGGAUAGCUGUCAUCACUCAAGUAAAUCGAACCAACAUCAAGUAUCCUAAAACCAAACGGUAUUUGGUUAGCGAAUGGUUAAAUGACAAGGUUGAACGACCGGAGUGCCCCUAUGAUCGACCGCUGCGUAUCACAACGGAUCCAACAGUAUUGGCGACCACACUGAACAUGUUGCCAGGUCUGAGUCACAGCCCCCACAUCUGCACAACCCCCAAACACUACAUCCGCUUUGGCUCCCCUUUCACCCCAGAAAAAAGGAGACAGAGAGUUGUGUGUGAUGGCAACUACGGAUCUUGCAAAAAGCGGUGGAUAAGACAAGCUAUGGACGAAGCCAUGGUGCAGAGUCCCCAUACGCCAGAUGUAGAAACAGAACCGCCAACCUUCUACCAAAGCAGUGAUGCCAGUAACCUUCCUGACUUGCCCCCCAACACUGACACACCAAUGGAGCUGAUAACUCCACUGAAGAAGAGAAAGUCACGGUACCUAUCAGACACGAGUGUGAGCGAUUUGCCCGGUGGCUGCAGCCCACUGUCUGCACCGGCAUCUGUGUCCGACACAGUCAUGUCCAGCCCAACAGUGGUGACGCCGUGCACCUUGUUUCCAGGAGAGGAAGAGAAGAAGAAUGAAUACAGUGUACCGUGCUCUCCCCUUCACUCCCUUGCUGCUAGCCGAUGUAAUACUCCACUACAGUUUGAGAACAUUUCCUCUCCUGAGACUUCCCCAGUGCAUAGGCCUGAGCCACUUUCACCAGAGCCACCUCUUAGAACUGAUUAUGACCAGUCCAGGACUGGCUUAUCAGACCUCUCCCUUCACCCUGGCCUGGACACCCCCCCAUUCCAGGUCACGGGGGUCAACGAUGUGUCUCUGUCAGAUUGCGCUGAACUGCUGUCCAAUGCUCCAUUAACAUUCCCCUGUGACACUGAGGCUGGCAUUGCAGGAAAAAGCAGUGACAUUCACUCGCCGAUCAAGAACACAGAGCAAGCAUUCAGGACAGAGUUCAAUUUGAUAUAUGCCUGUUCACCUUUGAACUCCAAUCUCCGAGAUUUGACCCCUACGCACAGGCUGGAGGGACCAUACCGAGGACUUGAGAACCGAACCAGUUAUGUCAGUGACCGGAAAUCUUCCCAGCUGGAGCGAGGGUUUGGGGAUACUGUAUACAAUAGUCUAUCGGGAGAUUCCUGCUUCACCAAGCAAAGUCUUGGACACCUAGCAGAGACAUUACAAGGAUCUUUGUCACCACAAGCAGACCGGCAAGCUUUAUAUCCUGAAGGAAAUACAAUAUCCCAGCAAAACCCACCACAGAAAAAGAAGGUAUCCUUGUUGGAGUAUCGGAAGCGACAGCAGGAGGCCAAGGGAAGUGGUUCCAAAUCUGACAGCCUGGACCCCUGCAGAACAGCCAGAGGUGGGGGGACCCCAACUCGACGAGGUAGUGACUGCUCUUCUGCACAAACACCGACCAAUGGCGACUCUGGAGCCAUUUCUCGGUCAUCCCACAGGUCUUCAUCUCCCCCAAGUGGCUUCUCCUCACCAGUGCACCCCUCAAUGCCUCAGAUUGAGGAUGUUAGUCCAACGGAUUCCAACAGCGGCAAGAAUGCCACACUAUCUGCAACUUCCACCAGCAAAAGUAGAGACAGCAUGAGCACCAGGUGGAUGGUUCCCACUUCGGUAGAACGUUUGCGGGAAGACCGGGGCAUGUUGGAACGGGUUCUGAGGAGGGUGGAAAUUGGAAGUAUAAAGAGGACGGGAGACGAGAGGGGUACUCUGGACCGUGUUUUGCGGAGGGUAGAGACUGGUGCUGCGGACUCGGUCAGGGAGAAAGACACAGAUUCCAUUGAUGGUGAUGGACUAGAGGCACAAGGCCCUUCUCGCACCAAAGGUUCUCCUAUCCAUAGCCCUCAGAGAUACAGUCACAGCCCUUCCAGAUACAACCAUCAGCUCCUACAGGUGCAGUCUGAGGGCCACUCUGGGGAGUCCCACACGCUUCCACAACAGAGCAUGUCACCUUACAGAACGCACAGUUCCUCCAAUGCUUCCUCAGCUCAUGCACAAGGACAUGUCUACAGGUCUUCAUCCCAAGUUCUGGGGCAGAGUGGAUCCCAGAGUCAACCAGAUUCCAGUCUCACUGGGGCCCCUCUCUCCACUCUGUAUUCCAGUCCGAUCCACUCAACAUCAGCUGACACCUCUGUGGUCCAGUACGUAGGGAGUUCUGGGUACUACAGCGGCCAACAGCAAUCUGCGAGUGUCUUGCACACAUUCAGCAACACUCAGCAGAAGACUAAUUCAACCAGUUCUCACUCUACCGCUGCUAGCCCACUACAGAACACCACAAAAAGCAUAAUGACUGACUCCACACAUCCCCGGCCCCCGAGCCCUGCAAACGCCACCGCGUCACAGACUGCAAGGCCAUGCCAAUCUGGUUUACGGACCUUAAAUCCAGCAAGUUCGGGGCAACCACUUCACUCUGGAACUAAACUAACCACAGCAGCAAGUUCUCAGCACUACCGCUCAAGUACUGGAGUAGCUCAGUACCAGCCCUCACAGGUCCAAUCUACAAGUCUAAGAACACAGCCAAGCACGUACUAGACUUGGCAACAUGACAGACCCAGCCAUGACCAUUUUGGAGAUGUUCACCCGGAUGUAUUGUUCAUCACCUGUGCUUGUUUAUAUAGGGCCACCAUCAUGGACCAUGUGUGGCAUUAAUUGAAAUGUAUGGACCUAGAGUUCUGGACAUUGGUGGGCUGAUACCAGCAUUUACUAGAUCCCCCACCCCUUCAUACUGUACAAAAAAUAAAUACAGAAUUGUGUACCUAUUGGUAAGGUACAGGUUAAGCUUAUUAUUCAGAUAAAUAUUUCCUGCCCCAGUUUAUUUUAAAUAAACUAGUCACGUGCAGUAAGACUUUUUUAAAUCAAAAAGAGCAUUUGUAGCAUCGGGUAUUAAGACAGGGGGAUGGAGGGUACAGGUAGGGUGGGGCGAGUUUGUGUAGACAGCCAUUCCACGUGCCAGCUUCUCACACUUAUACUGUAAUAUCCUGGAGUAGAUUUUAUUUAUAUAAUUUUAUAUAUAACCAUUCUAGGCUAGCUAUUACCUACCUACAUUGGCAGAGUUUAAUCCACGGUGCUGCGAGGAGUUUUUAUUUUACACCUGAAGCUGCAAGUCUCCCAGUGUCGAGACGGGAGCAAGCGAG